AUGUCCGCCCGCUCGCCGGCCGUCGGCAUCGACCUGGGCACCACCUACUCGUGUGUCGGAGUCUUCCAGCACGGCAAGGUGGAGAUCAUCGCCAACGACCAGGGCAACCGCACCACGCCCAGCUACGUGGCCUUCACCGACACCGAGCGGCUGAUCGGCGACCCCGCCAAGAACCAGGGGGCCGUCAACCCCACCAACACCGUCUUCGACGCCAAGCGGCUCAUCGGCCGCAGGUUCGACGACCCGACGGUGCAGAGCGACAUCAAGCAGUGGCCCUUCACCGUGAUAAAUGAUGACGGGAAGCCCAAAGUGCAGGUGGAGUACAAGGGAGAGAAUAAGUCUUUCUUUGCUGAAGAGAUUUCGUCGAUGGUGCUGACAAAAAUGAAGGAGACGGCAGAAGCAUACCUCGGCGGUCCAGUCAGCAACGUGGUCAUCACUGUGCCGGCGUACUUCAAUGAUAGCCAGAGACAAGCCACCAAAGAUGCCGGGACCAUUGCUGCUCUUAACGUGAUGCGGAUCAUCAAUGAACCCACCGCAGCAGCCAUUGCUUACGGACUGGACAAAGCGGGAUCCGGUGAGCACAGCGUCCUCAUCUUCGACCUGGGUGGCGGAACAUUCGAUGUCUCCAUCCUUACCAUCGAGGAUGGCAUCUUCGAAGUCAAGUCCACCUCUGGCGACACUCACCUGGGAGGGGAGGACUUUGACAACCGCAUGGUCAGCUACUUCAUCGAGGAGUUCAAGCGUAAGUUUAAGAAGGACAUCUCCCAGAACAAGCGUGCGGUAAGGCGGCUGGGUACAACCUGUGAGCGGGCCAAAAGGACACUGUCCUCCAGCACGCAAGCCAGCAUCGAGAUCGACUCCCUGCACGAGGGUGUCGACUUCUACACCGCCAUCACCAGGGCCCGGUUUGAGGAACUCAACGGCGACCUCUUCAGAGCCACGCUGGAGCCCGUGGAGAAGGCCAUUCGCGACGCCAAGAUCGACAAGUCACUGAUACAGGACGUUGUCCUUGUGGGAGGCUCCACCAGGAUUCCCAAGAUCCAGAAAAUGCUCCAGGACUUCUUCAACGGGAAGGAGCUGAACAAGAGCAUAAACCCGGACGAAGCCGUGGCCUACGGGGCAGCAGUGCAGGCGGCCAUCUUAUCGGGAGACAAGUCUGAGAAUGUGCAGGACCUGUUGCUCUUGGACGUCUCUCCUCUGUCCCUCGGCAUCGAGACAGCCGGGGGGAUCAUGACGGCCCUCAUCAAACGCAACACCACCAUCCCCACCAAGCAGACGCAGGUCUUCACCACGUACUCGGAGAACCAGACCAGCGUGCUGAUCCAGGUGUACGAGGGUGAGCGGGCCAUGACCAAAGACAAUAACAUGCUGGGCCGCUUCUCCCUGACCGACAUCCCGCCGGCGCCUCGCGGCCUACCGCAGAUCGAGGUGACCUUCGACAUAGACGCCAACGGCAUCCUCAACGUGUCGGCCAUCGACAAGAGCACCGGCCACGCCAGCAAGAUCACCAUCACCAACGACAAGGGCCACCUGAGCAAGGACGAUAUCGAGCGCAUGGUGCAGGACGCGGAGCAGUACAAGACGGAGGACGACACCAACCGCCAGAGGGUGGCGGCCAAGAACGUCCUGGAAUCCUAUGCCUACAACAUGAAGCAGGCCAUGCAGGACGACAAGCUGAAGGGGAAGAUCAGUGAUGAGGAGCAGACGGUCAUCCUGGCCAAGUGUCAGGAGGUCCUCGGCUGGCUGGAAACAAACCAGACCGCGGAGAAGGAGGAGCUCGACUACCAGCAGAAAGAGCUGGAGCAGAUUUGCAAACCGCUGCUGAAGUUCCUCAGAUGCCCCUGCAGUGGGAUUCCCCAGAGUGCCGCAGGUGCCCCCUCCGUGCCUGAAGCUGCAUCUGGGCCCACCAUUGAAGAGGUUGACUGAGU